UUUUUUUAUUUUUCUUGAUAGGCAAUUAAAUAAUUUUUUACCAUGUAGUGGUAGUGAAGAUGAUCUUAGUUGUUGAAAGUUGUUAGACUUUUACUUUGUAACCAAUUGUGGUAUCAUGGAUAAAAAGGUGCUACAUAUGUGUCACAAAGUUUUGUCUUAUCGAAACAUUAUCUUAAAGAGAAGUUGUUUUUUGCAACAAAGACGUUAUUUGUUGUUAUCACAUAAAAUCAAUUUAAAUUCAAAUCUGAAAACUUUGAAUAGCACUACACUGAUUUUAUCUUCCAAUGUCACGGUAAAAGAGUUAGCAGACUCUAUGAAAAUUGGUUCUUCAUCAUUAUUGAAACUUCUUGAAGACUACGGUUAUGCAACAUUGAACGGUGUCAAUACAGUCUUAGAUCUGGAUAUUGCAGAAAUAGCUGCAGAUGAAUAUGGCUACACUUUGGAAAAAGAAGAAAAAAGUUCUUUGCUUUCGCCAAGACCUCCAGUUGUUACCAUUAUGGGACAUGUUGAUCAUGGUAAAACAACUUUGCUAGAUUAUUUGCGAGAAACUUCGAUUGCAGAAGGGGAAGCUGGCGGUAUAACACAAAAAAUAGGAGCUUUUUCAGUGCAAGUUCCUGGAUUGGAUGAGAAAGUCACAUUCAUAGAUACACCAGGACACGCAGCAUUCAAUGCCAUGCGUGCUCGUGGAGCUAAAAUGACAGAUGUGGUUGUUUUAGUAAUUGCUGCUGAUGAUGGAAUUAUGGAACAAACUGUUGAGUGUCUGAGAUAUAUCAAAGAAGGAAAUACUCCGUUGAUAGUGGCAAUAAACAAAGUUGAUAAACCAAAUGCCAAUCCUGAUAAAAUAAAAAGGGAAUUGCUAAGUACGGGAAUACAACUUGAGGAGUUCGGUGGAGAUGUGAAAUGCAUCGAAAUAUCAGCACUCAAGGGUACCAAUAUUGACAAAUUUCUUGAACUACUUCAUAAAUUUUCGAGGGAGAACAAUUUUCAGUCCUCACAGGAUUUACCUGUGAAAGCAGUUGUCUUGGAAGCAGAAAGUCAUAAACAGAAAGGAAUAAUUUCUUCGUUAUUAUUGAAACAAGGAUGCCUUACUAAGGGGAAAGUUCUGCUAGCUGGAUCAGCAUUUGCAAAAGUACGUCAAAUUUUCGAUGCAAGUGGCAAUGUUUUGCCAAAAGCAGGACCUUCAGAUCCAGUCCAAAUAUUAGGGUGGAGAUCUUUACCAUCACCAGGAGAUGUUGUUAAUGAAGUUACGGAUGAGGCAGAAGCUCGAAGCAUACUAAAACUUCAAGCAGAUGACUUAAAGCCGGAAAAAGUUGUACAAAAGCCACUUAAAAAGGCGCCCGGUAAGAAAGGUUUGACUGAAGAAUUCAAGAGUGGACGUUCGAAAAGAAUUCCAUAUCGUGUCACAUUGCGUAUGGAAGCAUCGUCUGGAGUAAAAAAGGUUGAAGCACAGAAGAUGAGCAUAGAUGUAAUAAUAAAAGCUGACUUAAGUGGUUCGUUAGAAGCAAUCGUCAACAUACUUAGUUCAUUCCAUUCUCAAGAUAUUCAGUUGAACAUCAUGGAUGCUGCAGUUGGCUCAGUAUCAGAAACAGACUUGCGAAUGGCCAACACUUUUCAAGGUAUUAUCUAUAACUUUAACACACAGUUACCAAAAGAUAUUUUAAACAAAGCCGAGCAACUGAACAUCCCUGUGCGUAGUUUUGAUGUUAUAUACAAGUUACUUGACGACUUAAAGGAAGAAAUCGAAGACAGGAUGCCAAUGAAAGUGGAUGAAACAUUCAUUGGAGAGGCAGAUGUGUUGAAGGUGUUUCGUUUAACCGGUACACGAAAGAAUGUAGCUGCUGGUUGUCGUGUAAGAGAUGGUUUUCUUGACGCGUCUGAUAGUACCCAUGUUUGGAGAGUGAUGCGGGGUAACGAAAUCGUACAUGAAGGUCCCAUUAAAUCUUUGAAACAUGGUCAUUCAGACGUAGCAACUUGCAAGAGAUUAUCAGAAUGUGGAGUUACACUAGCUAAGUUUGAACAAUUUGAAGAAGGGGAUAGAAUUGUUUGUCUGAAGAUUGACAAACAGAAACAAACAAUUGAAUGGAAUCUAUAGCAUUCAAAUUUUAUUUAUAAAAAUUCCUUGUACAAAUCUAUUUCUUUACAAAUAUGCAAUACAUGCAUUUCCAGA